AUGGAGGGGGCGGCGCCUGGGACUACACAACACCUCGAAGAUGGCGGCGAUGGACCGCAGCACGAUGAUGACAGCGUGGGACGCACCGCCAACACUGGCGUCGAGCAUGUCCGGGUGGGAGAGGGCGCCAAACGUCUCCUCUCGCGGACGCUCCGCGAGUGUCUGAGGCAGCGCCUAUGCAACAUCCUACUCAGGAAACCGGACCAGGGGAAGGUGUUCGAGUGCACCAGGGAGUCCACAGCGUCCAACCACUUCAUUGCGGGAGGCAAAUACACGCGCUUCGCAGACUGGCGCUUCAUACAUCGCACCAGGCUCGGAGUCGUGCCCCUCAACGGCUGCCGCCGUCUUGAUGGGCGGGCAAACAACAACAAAGCCUGCCGACGCUGUGGCCACAACAACGAGACGCUCCCACACGUGAUCAACGCGUGUAUGGUGCACUCAGCAGCCCUGCAGUAUCGCCACAACGCGGUCCUCAACCGCCUCGCGACAGCAGUCGCUGGGCGGCCAAGGAGAGGAAACACUGCUGUUCCUGACAUCAGGAUCAACCAAGCCGUCAUAGGGGACAGCAGUGGGCUGCGUCCGGUCCUCGUAAUAACUGACGAGGCCGCGAAGACUGUGACCAUCGUCGAUGUGACGAUCCCCUUCGAGAAUAGGCGGAUUGCGCUCGACAACGCUCGGCAACUGAAGAAGAUAAAGUACGCCGACGUUGCGCGCGGAUUAGCCGCUCGCGGCUAUUCCGUCACUGUCGACGCCCUGGUUGUCGGCAGUCUGGGGGCGUGGGACCGCCAGAACGAUGCAGUGCUUCGGCACCUAGGCAUCGCUAGCCGCUACUGCCAACUGAUGCGGCGGCUGAUGGUGUCUGACACCAUCAAGUGGUCCCGCGACAUUUACGUGGAACACAUUACUGCCUACCGCCAGUAUGUGUCCCCCUAG